ACCUCUAUUCCUUGUACACAUCUCAGCCCACCUGAGCUACUAUCUCUGCGCGACUGUGAGGCUCUAUGCACCUCCUCAGCCACACUGUGCCUGAACCGGUUUGCUCUGUUAUUGGAUGAGAUAUGGCAGGUGGCACUGCAGCAGAACGAGGGAGCCAUGUGGACACUCACGUACACACACGCCAGGGGAAGGCUAGUGGCGGAGAAGCAUACACUUGCACCAGACACAGACCGCACCAUGCUGCCUCGAGAGCUACUGGAUAGGAUUAACCCAGCGGCGUAGGCGUUUACCAUAAGCGUUUACUACUAUAAUAG